GAGAGUAGAAUCACCAGGAGAUAAAACCCUCUCCAGAGUACACAUUGCAGGGGAUGCAUCUAUUAAUCGGGACUGUUCAAAGGACCUGCCUUAAUUUUCAGCUUCUCCUUCAUCUUCAGCAUCCCCUGCUUCUUGGGGUUCUCUGUUUUUGCGCGCUCUCUCUCUCUCUCUCUAGAGCCUCUUCUCUGAAAAAUUUCAGUUGAUUUUUCUGGGUUUUUAAUCCAUACGAUGUGGGAAUCGGAGGGCGAAUCCAUAAGUGGGAGAGAGUAUGGGAACGGAGUGAUCGGUUCAAGCAAGCAUGGAGUCAAGACGGAAGGGUUUGAGCGGAGAGAUCAGUCAUGGUAUGUUGCGACGGAUAUUCCAAGCGAUCUUCUAGUUCGAGUAGGUGAUGCUAGUUUCCAUUUACACAAGUAUCCUCUGCUUUCGCGGAGCGGAAGGAUGAAUAGAAUCAUAUAUGAGUCGCGUGACACCGAACUGAACAGAGUAGAGCUAGACGAUCUCCCAGGUGGGCCAGAGGCAUUUGAGCUUGCGGCAAAGUUCUGCUACGGAAUAGCCGUCGAUCUGACCGCUGCGAACAUCUCCGGCCUGAGGUGUGCUGCAGAGUAUCUCGAAAUGACAGAGGAUUUGGAGGAAGGGAACCUCAUAUUCAAAACAGAAGCAUUCCUCAGCUAUGUAGUCCUGUCGUCAUGGCGAGACUCGAUCUUGGUAUUAAAGAGCUGUGAACAGCUCUCACCAUGGGCUGAAAACCUUCAGAUUGUUCGCCGAUGCAGCGAAUCCAUUGCAUGGAAGGCCUGUGCUAAUCCAAGAGGCAUCAGAUGGGCAUACACUGGAAGACCCGCAAAGGUGGAUAGCCCGAAAUGGAGUGAAUUGAAGGAAUCGAGCCCCAACAGGAACCAACCAGUCCCGCCAGAUUGGUGGUUCGAGGACGUCUCGAUACUGAGAAUCGACCACUUUGUAAGGGUGGUCACAGCAAUCAAGGUGAAGGGGAUGCGAUUCGAGUUGAUUGGGGCCUCAAUCAUGCAAUAUGCAUCCAAAUGGCUGCCUGGCCUAUUGAAGGAGGGGGUGGGAGAUGAGAAUAGAGAUAGUGGGAUCUGGAAAGGAGGUUCCCUCCAUAUGAUCGUUGUCGGAAGCAAAGAUGACAUCCCAAACAUUCAAAUGAGAGAGCAGCGGAUGAUUGUCGAGAGCCUCAUUAGCAUAAUCCCGCCGCAGAAGGACAGCGUCUCCUGCAGUUUCCUUCUUAGGCUUCUGAGGAUGGCGAACAUGUUAAAGGUUGCGCCAGCACUCAUCACUGAAUUGGAGAAGCGGGUGGGAAUGCAGUUCGAGCAGGCGACUCUGCCAGACCUCCUUAUCCCAUCAUAUAACAAGAGCGAUACCCUUUACGACGUUGAUCUAGUUCAGAGGCUCUUAGAGCAUUUCCUGGUUCAAGAACAAACAGAGCUGUCGAGCCCCAGCCGUCAGUCUUUCUCAGAGAAGCAUGGUUAUGAAGGCUCUCCAAGGACUAGUGGCCCCAAUGCGAAAAUGAGAGUGGCGAGGCUCGUCGACAGCUAUCUCACAGAGGUGUCAAGGGACCGGAACCUCUCCCUCACAAAAUUCCAAGUCUUAGCAGAGGCAUUGCCGGAAUCCGCUAGGACUUGCGACGACGGACUUUAUCGAGCGGUCGACUCAUAUCUUAAGGCACAUCCAACACUCUCCGAGCAUGAAAGGAAGCGGCUUUGUCGGGUGAUGGAUUGCCAGAAGCUCUCCAUUGAUGCGUGUAUGCAUGCUGCCCAAAACGAGCGGCUUCCCCUUAGAGUAGUAGUUCAAGUCCUCUUCUCCGAGCAAGUAAAGAUAAACAAUGCGAUCGCAAACAAUGCUCUUAAAGAUGCUGCAGCAGAAUCGCACUAUCAGCCUGUGAUCUCUACCCGCAAGGCACUGCUAGAGGGGACCCCACAGUCCUUCCAAGAGGGGUGGGCGACGGCAAAGAAGGACAUCAACACACUCAAAUUUGAGCUUGAGAGCAUGAAGUCAAAGUACCGCGAACUCCAGGCAGACAUGGACAACUUGCAGAGGCAAUUCGAGAAGAUUACGAAACCGAAACAGACAUCAGCAUGGACUAGUGGGUGGAAGAAACUUAGCAAGCUUACGAAGAUGACGCCAUAUGAGAACCAAGAUAUGGGGUCUCAGGUGCCAGCACAGUCCGAACAGCCAAGGAAAGCGCCGCGGAGAUGGAGAAAUUCCAUUUCCUAGAGAGAGAAGAGUUCAUACUUGAAUUGUUUGAAUCUCCGAAAUGGGUUUUGUUGUUAUAGCCAUUGGAUUGCUGGUUGGAUGAGUAGGGUGGAAAUGGCAUGUGAUUUGUUUUUCUCUUGGUAGUCUUAAAGUUUAGGCAGAGUCUUAAAACAACGAGGAAUCCAGACUCCAGCCUCACAUGGAAGUUGUAGACCAAGGUUCUUUCUCUUUUUAAGUAAAUGAUGCAUAUUCAUUCA